GGCAAGUCUGCUCAUGCCCCCAUGGUCCACACAGACUCCAACAUCCCACUGGGUUCAUGUGGUCACGUUUAAACCCCGGUGGGUGGGCGGAGGAGCGAGGCGGUCUCUCACUCCAAACACCCCCGUCCUCUAACUGUUUCAGCCCCGCGCUGAUCCAGUUCUGAUCAGUUCUGGUAAGAACUUCCCCCCCGUCCCAGUCGCGUAUCUGUGUCCAGUCUGGCAUCAUCCGCCAGACACCCGGACGCGCUCCGACCGCACGACAGCCAACUCUGAGCUCUGCGCUUAAGUGAGUCCAUGUUUUCCAAGGCCACUGCCAACUUCAUCCGUCAGGUUGACCCGGAGGGAAGCCUCAUCCACGUGUCCCGGGUAAAUGACUCACACAAACUGCUCCCCAUGGCCGUCGUCAUCAAGCGCAACCGGGUCUGGGCCUGGCAGAGACCCAAGUACCAGCCGACGGAUUUCACCCUGGCCGAUCUGUUGCAGGGCGACGAGGUGCUCAGACCUGAAGCAAACGAGACAGAGUUCCUGACCUACAAGGGGACUUACAGCGACGAGUGCUCCGGGAAGCUGGACACCACGGCCGGUCCCGUCAGCGUCUCUCUGGAGGGACUGGGCUCGUCCAAGCUGGAGUCGUGUUUCGGGAAGCUGAGGAAAGAGGAGCUGGAUGUGAAAAAGCUGUUGAAGGACUCCAGCAACAGAUUGAUGGACAUGCAGCACGUCCUGGUGCAGCAGCUGGAGAAGCGCUCCGAGGUCCUGACGGUGGUGAAGGAGCGCAUCCUCACCGCCGAGCCGUGCUCAGUCACCCUGACCAAAACGCAGCAGUGCUCCUUUCAGGGCGUGCUGAGGCUGCUGGGCCUGCUGGGGAGCUUGGUGAAGGUGUGCGGAAAGGACGAGAACAGCCUCGGGGUGGACAGCGACGUUUCCUUGGAGAUCCCCCCCGGCACAGUGAUCGCGUACAGCACCCUGGAGCUGGAGAUUAAAAAGAACGGACGCUAUGAUAUAUGCCUGCAGCCCCGCACUGUCGGAGGCUUCGAGAGCGACUCCGUCCCCUUUGAUGAUUCCUUGAACUCAGUGGAUGGCGUGUGCAACGGGCGCAGGGCUCGGGAAGAUGCGUUUUUUGCUGUUUUUCACAGCGGAUGGCAGGAGAUGGAUCUUUCUCCUCUGGCAGACCUCCCCCCGGCUACUCGGCGUGACUUGAUGGAGAAGCUCCAGGACGCUCUGAGGGACAGAACCACCCUGUCCUACAUACAGAGCGCGCUGGAAGAGUCGUGCGAUUAUGAAACAGUGCGAGACCCCAUUGCGGAUGAGGAGGAGACAGUUACAAGAAUCUCUACCACCAUGGAUCUGAUGGAGACGUGCCGUGUCUCUAGAGACGGCCCUACUGGCGACCCUUCACUCCUAGACCUGGCUUACCUGCUGGUCUCGGCCAUGGCAGAGCUGCCCGAUGAGACACUGAACAUUUUGAGCAACAGCCGACACGAUUUUCUAGCAGCGUUUGAUGUGCUGAUGCUCAGGUUAAAGGCGAGCCGUGGGACUCUGCCCAUCCAGUCGCUUCCUGCCCCGCUGCAGGACAACCAGGCCUUCCAGCGGGCGGAGCAGCUGCUCAGCUCCGUCGGCGUGGCGCUGAGGAGAGACGCUGAGCAGCUCCGGGUGGAGAUGGAGAACACCGAUGGGGUUCUCCCGAUGCUCCUCGGCCUCAGCGCGCACGGACUGGCCUUGCUCUGCACCGGCUUGUGUUAGUUGCUGCGUCUGCAUCUAUGUGCUUUCUUCACUGGGAUUUAUAGUGCUGCUUUCCUUAUUGUGCACAUUUAUCCUGAAUAAGCUUCCUGUAUUUCAUUCAUUGACUUUGUCGUGUUGUUUUGUUUGACUCAGUUUUCAAAUAUGUGAUAUUUAUGCAACAUAUAGAUAUUUUAAUAUUUAAGUAAAUUGUUCCUACUGUUUUAUGCUUUAAGCAUUUGAACUUUGUGCUCUUAUUUGGUUGUGAGUUUAAAAAAAAGUUUCACAAUCGGUUCGGUUACGCUAACCGAACGCUUUCAAGCGUCAUUUAUGUGUGUUCACUAACUAUUCUAUAUAACCAUUAUGUUCAGUUAUCAGUAAAUCUUUGGAGAAUUUCAGUAUUUGGAUAAAUACACACCAACUAAGCUAAACGUUCUUCUUCAUCUUCCUCUUCUUCUCCUCCUUCUUAGUUUAAACAGAAUUUGAGUCCAACAAAACACAAAAGGUUGAAGCUUUAAACAGCUUUUUAUGAUAUGCUGAAGAUUUUUACAUUUAAUUUUGGUGAAUUUUUUUUUGUCUUGUUUUCCU